AUUUUAAGUUAUUUUUGUGGAAGUGGUGCUAUUUUGUGAUAAUUUAAUUGGUUAUAAUAAAAGGUUUAUUUAUAAAGCAUUGUUAUGCGGCAUUUUUACUCAUCAUAAGUGCUUAACAAUGUCAAUAAUGAAACAAAAUAUUAUAAAAUUAGGUUUAAGCUAUUAAUUAAUUAAUUAAUAAUGUCAAAAAUAUAUAUGGGGAGCCGUUUGGGAGCCGAAAGAGCCGGCUCUCCACAGUAAGAAGAGCCAUUAGAGCCGCAUCUCGAAAAGGAGCCGAAAAUCCCAUCACUGGUUUCCUCAACCUCUUCCGGAAACAGGAAUUUCGGGAACAUUUUCUUCUCUGAUCUUCAACACAGAAGAUCUGAAACGAGCAUCAAUGCUGAACUGGACCACCUCCUCUCUCCUGCUGGUUCUGAUUCUGUGUUCUGCUGCUCUGGGAUGAAGAUGAUCUCCAGGAUCCUGCUGCUCCUCAUCCUCAGCUCAUGUCUCUGUGCAGCAACAUUUGUAGUGAAUGUGACACAGAGCAGCUAUCAGGCAGAGGAGAACCACAGCAUCACUCUGGAGUGGACCUUCACCACCAAGACUCAGGGAUCCUGGAGGGAUCUGUUCAUCUACUGCAGCUUGUUGGCUCCUCAUAAAGAAUCAGUUCUCUAUCAGGUCCAUGAAGGUGUUGAGUUUCCAGAUUCUCAGGAUGAACAGUUUUCAGGACGAGUCCAGAUUGACAAAGACGUCCUCAGAGAAGGACGAAUCAGACUCCAGGUGUCCAGACUGAGGACUGAAGACUCUGGUCAGUAUCUGUGUGACGUGAAAACUGAAGAUGGUUCCAGCAAUGCUGAGGUUCUACUCAGCGUUACUGGUCAAGUGAAGGUGGUUGGUGGUCAUGACCCGAUACAUGCAAAGGACCUGAUCCUGGAGUUAUUGGUGGUGUUGUUGUUGUUGGAGCACUCAUCAUCCUCGUCUUCAUCACAUACUGUGUUGUACGUCGCCACAGAGGUAAACAAAUUUUUCCAUGCUGGAACAACAACUCUCAAAAUGAACAAGGGAGAAAUGAUGGAGAUCACAGAGAAAAUGGCAAACCAAGAGAUGAAGCUGAAGAAAGACCUUUACAGGACGUGGGAAAAUCAAACCAAAGUGUCUGAAUUCAUCAUCCUGACCUGAAAUCUCCUCAACCACUUAUGGCACUACGUCACUCUUCGUCACACUACGUCACACAUGUUCAUAUAAAACAAUACAUAUAUACGUAUACGUAUUAUUAGAAAAAUAAUUGGUAUUUUUCUUUUUUUGUUUUUAAUGUUUUCUAAAACACUAAAGCAUUGUCUGUUGUAUUAAAUGUUUUUGCAUGUUGUAAAAUAUGAGCUGAGAAAUUUUGAUUCUUGAAAAUAAAAACCCUUUAAAAAUA